ACAAAUAUCGGUGCAUCAAGCGACAAUCUUACAAGACUUUGAAAAAAAAGUACUAAGAGAGCUCUAUAGACCCAGGACAUAUACGUGGGAGCAUAUAUAUUUGCAAUUGAAUUGCCAUGAGUUCUCCGCAAGCUUCCCCCAUUUACCGUACGUCAGUAGAGCAAAAAAGGCACGCUCAAGAUGUGGCCAAGAGACACCGUAUGGGCAUGCCGAAACUGCGCGAUAUGUUGCGUGAGAAGUACCGCAAGCGUAUUAUAGAGACUCGCACAAGACUAAUAGAUUCAAACCGCACAAUACAAUUGGAUGAACUUAAAGACUUUCUUCGCACGGAGCUUAGCGAGCUUGAGAAAGAUCUGGAGCUGGAACAGAACCUUCUGGAUGAAUUAGUUUCUGAUGUCAACGAAUGGUAUGCUUUGGGUGAACAACAUUUGGAAACGUACGUGGAGCCAGACGAUCCAGUGCACCAAAAUAUGCUGUGCCCUGUCUGCCUUCUAAAACCAUUGAAACGGCAGGAAACUGUUUACCAGUGUGAGUGUGGAAUUCAGUUUGAGCACACAUCUAACAUGGAAGAACUGGAGAAAUUGCUGCAGCAACAAAUUGCAUCACAUGAAACUAAGUGUACUCAGGCACUGCGUUUUUUUAUAGAGCCUUCGACAGGUCACCUCUACAAUAUGUGUGGAAGCUGCGAUUAUUUCUCUUCUGUUUAGUUUGUAUUAAGAUUAGCUUUUCAGAUGUCUGCGCCCAAAACCGUACAUUUUGAAC